AUGGUUUUUUCAUUGGUACUGAUCAAGGUUGCGUUGCCUUCUCGGCCUCCUGUCAGCCAUGCUGUAGCCCAGGCAAAUGUGAAUUCUGGGCCUCGAGUGGAGGCAUCACCUGGAGUCCCAAGCAGCAGCAGCAGCAGUAGCAGCAGCAGUGGCACUGGAGGUGGUGGUGGUGGUGGUGGUGGUGGUGGUGGCGGCACUAGCACUUUGGGUGUGAGUGCGAGUGUGGGGGUGGGCAGUGUUCAUAGCAACGCCACCAGCAGUGGUGGCAAGAGUGUUGCCAGUGGCACUGUCAACUGCAUUGCCAACACCGUGCCCCUGCCUGCCCGGGCUGCAGCUGUUGAGAAUUCUGGCAAGACUGCCGCCACCACCACGAGUUCCGCCACGCGGCACGUCUCCACGUCACCAGUGACGAGCAGUGGCACAGUGCGGACGGCAGUCACACUGGUCAACUUUGUUAGCCAGGCUUCUGCAGGUGCUGCUGCCAGGGCGAAAUACCGGACCACGAUAGCGACAGGUUAG